ACCCAGAUGUCUAUAUGGGCCUGUAGACCCCUGGACUUCACUAUCGAUAAGCCCUUCACCUUGAUCUUCAAUCACAAAUCCCUGCACCUCCCCUGGACCCGGUCGACCAAUUCAUGCAGGCGGUGAGUCAAAAUGGCAGCGGCAGAAAGUGGAGUUCUUAUCUCGAUCCACAAUUCUUUUUUUUUUUUCUGCUGCAAGUGAAAAGAUGCGAUUUCUCUACCCUCCAACCGACUUCGUUUACGAACUGUAACCUGCCUCUUCUCGGGUGAGAGAAACCUCCUACCUUGACCAACUAACCGCGAGGUUAUGUCAAGCAAUUCGCGCGCCAAACCUCUUUCUACAAAUUCUCAACGCCCUCCCGCUUGGCUGUUUACUAAUAAUUCUACCAACUCAUCCGCAUCUGCACCAUCGAACGACACACAACCUACAAUGGCUAAGAAAAGCCAAAAGGCGGUUAAAUCAACGACCGCGCGUGCUCCUGCGGCAUCAUCCUCAACCUCCGCAAGCGGAAACCAGGCCCCGCCGACCCAGCUCAUGGAUCUCGUCGAAUCAUUCUUAUCUGAUCAAGGAUUCAACAACGCCCAUCGCGAGUUUCAGAAGCACAGAGCGAAGAAGGGCUGGAAGGAACAAGGCACAGGGAAGAACAAGGAUAAGGAACAUCAUUCGCUAGUCAGCGUCUUCCAGACCUGGAAGACUUUUGCUAGUCAGGGCAACACGCCAGUUCUUGUCAAAGAUGACCCUCUGCAGAAGAUCACCAAAGUUAGCAGUAGCAGCAGCGAGAGCGACAGCAGCGACGACUCAAGCUCCGAGAGCGAAAGCGACAGCGAUGACGCCGAAGACGUGGCCAUGGCUGAUGCACCUGCUGAUGAAGAAUCUAGUUCCUCUGAGAGCUCUAGUUCAUCUGAAAGUGAGAGUGAUAGCGAGAGUGAGAGUGAGAGCGAUGAAGAGGCAAAGCCUGCCACGAAGGCUGCUGGUACUGUCAAGCCUGGCGCAAACCCACUGAAACGUAAGGCAGAGUCCGACAGCGAAAGUUCCUCUGAAUCCGAUUCUGACUCAGCAGACUCGGAUUCGGAGGACGAACGACCACAGGCCAAGAAGGCCAAGACCAGCGAGAGCUCUGACGAGAGCUCAUCGUCGGAGUCUGAUUCAUCUGACGACGACAGCUCCUCUGAUGAAGAUGAGGCCAAGCCUAAAGUCGCUAAAGCCCAAGAUGACGAUUCAUCUUCCGGAUCCGGUUCUGAUUCCGACGGGUCAGACUCCGACUCUGAUGAAGAACCAGAGGUGGACUUGAAAGUAGCUGCUGAAGUACCGCUACCCGAAUCCGAUUCGUCCUCCAGCGAAUCUGACUCUGACUCUGAUUCAGAUGACGAGAAACCGCAGCAACCCGCCAAGGGUUCUGUCAUGAACGGUACGGGAUCGGAUACCUCUGCAACCUUAGAUAAGGUAUCGCCCGAGUUCGUACCAGCCCCUCUUCCCCCUGACCCGACCCUCAAGGCGAACAACCGGGGCAAGAAUGGAACAAAGAUUGCCAGGACGCAAAACACGCCCUUCUCUCGUAUCCGCCAAGACGUGACGCUUGAUCCGAGAUUGUCGUCCAAUGCCUACGUUUCGCAUGGAUAUGGUGAGAAAGCCCAUCAAGACCUAAUCAUAACCAAGGGCAAGGGCUUCACCAAGGAGAAGAAUAAAAAGAAGAGGGGAAGCUAUAAGGGUGGUCCUUUGGACAUCAACACGAGCCGAAGCAUUAAGUUCGAUGAUUAGAAGCCACGAAUCAAUGUUAGGGAACUCAAAAGAACCCCUAGGACACUUUACGGAAGCAAGAGCGAAGAAGAGACGAAGGCAUCUCGGAGCCUUGACAAGUCGAAAACAUCGUAAUUCAGCAUCAACGAACCCAUCCAUCGCUUGGGGCAACUGGACGCACUGUGUUGAAUUGAUUUGCCCAAAACAUGCGACUUCAGUCAACCCCUACAUUGCGUGUGUGUUGAUAAUAUCCCGCAUGUGUGUAGCGACGCUAGCACCUAUUCUUUUCCACUCGAUACCAAUUCAUACAACUUCUCGGAAGCCCAGUCGUCGUAUUUAUAUCAAGCACGGCGGCUAUUGUGAAAAUACCAUGCAUUAGAUUUUGGCGAACCGCGCUUUAAGCGGGCUGGGCCAUGUAAUGGAAGCCGAUAUUGCGCGGUAGGGCGAGUAAUACCAGCCUGGAACUUUGUGUAUGGCUAGUGCAAUGGCACGGUUCUUAGUUGCUUUUUUGAUAGGAUUUCAAAAGACUUCGACAGUUCUGAUGUUCUGAAUUAGUCUUGAUUAGCAAAUGAACAAUUGCUAUUCCACCCCAGAUCGCCUCGUAUGAUCCUACUAUGUCUAUCAAUGUGAUAUAUUGGUCGAUUACUAAACAGAAUAGGUGAGCUGUCGCGCGGUCAUUGGAUACCCCUUAAAUGGAAAUUCUUGUUACACAAUCCUUCGUGGUGUU